GGGCCCGACAGCCUAAGCCAAGCAUGAGUCAAAAUCACAAGGCACUAGCGCCAAAUGCACUGAAAAUAUAAACCCUAAUUUAUUGUCAAAAUCCCUAAAUCAUCUGAAACGAAAAUAGCGAAAUUCUACUUUGCAGAUGCUCGGCAAUGGCUGAAAUAGUAGAAAUUGACGGUCAGCCGGAACGAAAUACCAACGAACCCACUCUAAAGCCACAGCGGAUCAAAAUUACUAGAGCUUCUGACGACGGAGACAAAAAGAUUUUGCAAAAGAGACUCAAAGAUGUUGAAAUUUGUGUUCCGAUAGUUUAUGGGACAAUUGCCUUUUGGCUUGGUAGAAAGGCCUCUGAAACUCAGUCACACAGGUGGACUGUCUAUGUCCGAGGGGCAACAAAUGAGGAUAUUGGGGUAGUGAUCAAGCGUGCUGUAUUUCAGUUGCAUCCAAGUUUUGAAAACCCUGUUAGAGUCGUCGAGUCACCACCUUUUGAGUUAUCGGAGUGUGGUUGGGGUGAAUUUGAAAUUGCCAUCUCUCUUUUCUUCCACAAUGAUGUUUGUGAAAAGCAGUUGGAUUUGUAUCACCAUCUUAAAUUGUAUGCUGAAGAUGAAAGUGGUCCUCAGUCAGCUAAAAAGCCUGUUGUCGUGGAAACAUACAAUGAGAUAGUCUUUCCUGAUCCCUCUGAGAGUUUCUAUGCUCGCAUCCAGAAGCAUCCUGCUGUAAUUGUGCCUCGACUUCCAGUCAUGUUAAACUUGCCCACUGAAGAUCUGAAUGAAAAGAAAGGUGAUACCAAAGACAACCCGUUGAGUCAAUGGUUUAUCAAUUUCUCUGAGGCAGAUGAGCUGUUAAAACUUGCUGCUGCUCGUCAGCAGGUCCAAGCCCAUAUUAUCAAGCUAAGAAGGCAACUGAGCGUCAUCGAUGGGCUGCCACUACAGUCAUGGAAACCAGGUUCUGGUUAGGGGACAUGGCACAUGAUGAAUCAUGGUAAAACGAUAUUGGGAUAAACCAUGGAUAUGUACAUAUAUGUAUUAGCUUAGGACAGGGAAAACUUUAAUUGUUGAUAAUUCUCCCCGUAGACGUUUCUUAUUCCUCAUGCUCUCCAUUUGCAUUUGAGGACCAUCAUUGUCUUGUAUUAGAGGAGAAAUUAUUGUUUUGCAGAGAAGGUGGUGGUGUCAUAUUUUGUCUGUACAACACUGAAAAAUAGAACGCCUUGCCUAUGUUCUGGUAUCUCUUUCAAGAGGAAUCCUUAACAGUUGUACACAGCAUUAAAUUCAGAUUCAUUUCCUCUCA